GCAAGAGGGACAACAGACAUAAUGUAAACAAAGAAAACAGAUGUGAAAAUUGAAAUUGAAAGAUGUUUUAUGGAGUCAAACAGCACAACACACGCUGUCACACUAUCUCACAUGUUAUUGCUGGGUGGACUUGCAGGAUUUAAGUUACCCCUAGAGUAUUUGCUCAUAUUUGGAGAUGGUGCCUUGUUUUAUGUUUGGCUUUGGGCCGUGUAAACUGUGGCUUUUCUGAAAUUUUGAGUUUUCUCAUAGCUGGCAGAGGUCAGCCAAACUCUCCAGCAAAUACUCUUUUCAGAAAACAAUGAAAGUAAAAGCUAACAAGUUCCCAACAGUAUUUCUCGGUUAUGUCACUCCUCCAGCUCACUGAGGAGGUCCAGAUGUAGGUCCUAUGAAAUCUCUGGCAUGUUGGAGGCUUGAAAAAGAGAAACACAGCAAAGCCUUUGACAGGAAAAAAAGGAUUAAGUCUAGUUCAAUAAACAAGAAACUGUUCAGGCCAGUUGGAAACCUCAGUUGCUAUUUAGUGACAGAAACACUAAGGCGUUUGAUAAACACGCCUUUAAAGACAGUUAUGAAUUUGUUGUAAUUUAUCGUUACUCACAAAUACUUGGAACCAGAGUCAUGCUUGAUUUACCACAGCUGUAAAACAUCUGCAAAGCAUUUGUUUCUUCUGGGAUUAGAUCUUCUUAUUCAGUCCUGAGCAGCCGCUGGGGAUGUGCAAAACACAGCCGCCUGGUCAGGCACUCAGAACUGCGAGGAGCUGCGAGAAGCUGCGAGGAGCCGCGAGGAGCUGUGAGGAGCCGCGAGGAGCUGUGAGUCGCACUGCACAACAGCAGUAUCUUUACAGCUGAUCGAAGUGCUUCUGCCAUGGACGCUAGAGGAGUUCGGUUGGUGCUUUGCCUCCUCCUGCUGGGCCACCGCACUCUCCAGCAGAACCCGGAGACCCCAAAGAGAGAAAAUGAAAAGAAAGACUCAAACAGUGUUGCCAUUGAGGAGCUGAAGAACCAGAUGAACGACAUCAUUCAGCAGCUGAAUUUGUUGAAGGAGCAGCAAGCCUUGCACACAGUUUGUCUGCGGGGCACUAAGAUCAUUGGGAAGUGCUUCCUGGCCAAUCCGGUGAAGAAGACGUUCCACGCAGCCAACGACGACUGCAUGGCCAAAGGCGGCAGCUUAAGCACCCCUCUGACGGGAGACGAGAACCAGCAGCUCUACAGCUACGUCCGCCAGAGCGUGGGCCCCGAGGAGCCGGUGUGGCUGGGCAUCAACGACAUGGUGAGCGACGGCCUGUGGGUGGACCAGUCGGGGGCCAGCGUGCGCUUCAAGAACUGGGAGACGGAGAUCACCCAGCAGCCGGACGGAGGAAGCAGGCAGAACUGCGCCAUCCUGUCCACGACAGCCAACGGGAAGUGGUUUGACGAGAGCUGCCGGGCUGAAAAGGCCUCGGUGUGUGAGUUCAACAUCGUCUGACAGCUGCUUGGCAUCACUGUGUAGACGGAUGCACGCAGUGCACUAAAGAUAAUGUGUGACAUCAUUCUUAAGAUAAUCAUAUUUUACGCACAUUUGAUAAGUGUAUAAGAGUU